AUGGUCCACGCCUUCCUCAUCCACAGUCUGCGCGCCCCGCAUGUCGAGGAUGUGGGCUUCUGCCGAGUGCUCUACUCCUGCGUCUUUGGUGCUGAGAAGUCACUUGAUGACCCAAGGCCACACAGUGCUGAGAGAGACAGACUCCUCCGCAAGGAGCAGAUUUUGGCCGUGGCCAGGCAGGCAGAGUGCAUGUACCAGCUGCAGCAGCAGGCAUCCGGCCGUUCUUCGACAGACCUGCCACCCCAAUCAUCCUCAGAUGAGCCAGUGCCUUUGCACGAGGCCUCACAUGGGGCCUUCCGCCUGGCAGCAGGGGACCCUUUCCGGGAGCCACGGACGGUGGUGUGGCUGGGCGUGCUUUCCUUAGGCUUUGUCCUGGUGCUGGAUACCCACGAGAACCUGCUGCUGGCCGAGAGCACGCUCCGACUGCUGGCACGCCUCAUCUUUGACCACCUCCGCCUGCUGGCCCCCAGUGCCAACCUUCUGCUUCGGGCAGACCGCAUCGAGGCCAUCCUUGCCCGCUUUCUGCCCCAUGGUCAGCUGCUCUUCCUCAAUGACCAGUUCGUUCAGGGUCUAGAGAAGGAGCUUAGUGCUGCCUGGCCUCUCUGA